AGCGAAGCCAGAGUAUGUUUUAGAGAGAGAGAGAGAGAGAGAGAGAGAAAGGAGAGAGAGGGAUUGUGAGAGACAUGUCUGGAGGUAUUGCUCGUGGUCGACUUGCCGAGGAGCGAAAGGCUUGGCGUAAGAACCAUCCACAUGGUUUUGUUGCGAAACCAGAGACUCUGCCCGAUGGUACAGUUAAUUUGAUGGUGUGGCAUUGCACUAUCCCUGGCAAGCCUGGCACUGAUUGGGAGGGUGGUUACUUCCCACUGACACUCCACUUCAGUGAAGACUACCCUAGUAAGCCCCCUAAAUGCAAAUUCCCUCAAGGUUUCUUCCACCCUAAUGUCUACCCAUCUGGAACUGUCUGUCUAUCUAUUCUUAAUGAGGAUAGUGGGUGGAGACCUGCCAUAACUGUAAAGCAAAUCCUUGUGGGAAUUCAGGAUUUGCUUGACCUACCAAAUCCAGCUGAUCCUGCACAGACGGAAGGGUAUCACCUCUACAUCCAGGACACUGCAGAGUAUAAGAAACGAGUCCGACAGCAGGCAAAGCAAUACCCCCCUCUCGUGUAAGGUUAAAUCCAUGUUUUCAGAGAUUGUGUACUAUGUUUAUUGUUAUUUGCCACCUCUUGUUUGAUGUUAUAAAGACUUUUCUAAGAGUAUCGGGAUUUGGUAAAUGUAAGUUGCCAUUAUGUCUAGACUGCAUGCUGAAAUGUUUCUUCUCUCGAAAUUUGCAUUUAUGUCUAUGGGCAUAUGUGUAUCAGUCGACCAAUAAAACUCAUUGGUCCUUAUAUCAGUUAAAACUUGCUUUGGAUGAGUAA